AUACAAUUGGUUUUGAACGCAAACGUGACUCAACACAAACACAAUACAAGACACUUCCCAUCUCUUGUUGAACACUUUGAUCCCAUAUAUCAGCGACAAGUGACCACACAUUAGCCGAAGACAAUGUUUAUGACCCGUUCUGAGUAUGACAGAGGAGUGAACACAUUCUCACCGGAGGGCCGACUCUUUCAGGUGGAGUACGCCAUCGAAGCCAUCAAAUUGGGUUCGACAGCGAUCGGCAUUCAGUCGACUGAAGGCCUGGUUCUGGCCGUCGAGAAGAGAGUGACCUCAACGCUGAUGGAAGCGGCGGCCACUGAGAAGAUCUCGGAAAUCGAUACCCAUAUCGGGUGCGCUGUCAGCGGUCUGAUGGCCGACAGCCGUACUCUCGUGGACAGGGCUCGGGUGGAGGCGCAGAACCAUUGGUUUCUAUACAACGAGAAGAUGUCAGUUGAGUCGGUGACUCAGGCGGUGUCCAAUCUGGCGAUUCAAUUCGGCGACUCCGAUAACGAGGGCAACGCCAUGAGUCGGCCGUUCGGUGUGGCCAUACUGUUCGCCGGCAUCGACGACAACGGGCCACAGCUGUAUCACAUGGACCCGUCGGGAACGUACGUCCAGUGCGACGCCAAAGCGAUCGGCGCCGGCUGUGAGGGCGCCCAACAGUCGCUCAAAGAGAGUUACCAUAAGGCAAUUGAUUUGAAAGAAUCGCUAAAAGUAUUGCUAAAUAUACUGAAGCAAGUGAUGGAAGAGAAGCUGAACUCGACUAAUGUCGAAGUGGCGACCAUUACUAAAGACAAAGGCUAUCAUCUGUUCACUAAAGAGGAAGUCGAAGAGCUCAUCAACAAUACUACCACUUCUUAAAUACGUUUUUUGUCUAAAUAUAACGAUUGAUUGAUUGCUAAGAAAACUUUGAUUGAUUUAUAAAUUAAUAAAACAUUUGGUAUUUUUUAAAAAACAAAAAUAA